AUGCCACGUCUCUUGGCCACUCAAUCGCAUGUUGUGCAUGGUUAUGUGGGGAACAAAGCGGCCACGUUCCCCUUGCAGUGUUUGGGUUGGGACGUUGAUUGCGUGAACAGCGUGCAAUUUUCAAACCAUACCGGAUAUGGUGCGGACCUUAUUUUCGGGUCUAUCGCAUCAGAAAAGGAUCUAGAGUUGUUGUUGACAGGUGUGUCUGAUUUUGACGACUACGAUGCUUUGCUUUCUGGGUAUUUACCAACGGACGCAGCUGUUUCAACCAUGGGCAGGUUUUAUACGCAAAUGAAGCAGAAAAAUGCAAGUGUGAUCUGGCUGCUAGACCCUGUAAUGGGCGACGACGGCCAACUCUACGUCAACGAGAACGUGGUGCCCAUUUACAGAGCUCUUGUUUCUUCUUCGCUCGUGGAUGUGAUGACACCGAACCAUUUUGAGCUUGAGUUACUAUACGGGUCCAAUAUCAGCAACAAAAAUGAGUUGAAAAGUGCUUUGGCGCAUUUCCACAAAACGGUACCCGCAAUAGUCGUGACCUCGUGUUCGCGCGACCUUUUCGAAGAUGGUUCACAUAUAUACUGUGUCGCGUCUCUGCGAGGCACUCGCCCUGUCGUUUUUAGGAUACCGGUGAUAGAUUCAUAUUUUACAGGUGUGGGUGAUAUGUUCUCUGCACUUUUGCUCGAUAGACUUUACCGCAUGUUCGAGGCUGGUCGUCGAACGUUUGCGGAAGAGGUCAAUCAUGUUUUGAACGUUUUGCAUAACGUACUAGAACUGACAUUAAAGCACUCACCUAAAAAUGUCAAGGCAGUAAUGGGUCAGCCCAAAGAGAUGAAACAAAUGGAGUUGCGCACAAUUGAAAGCCGAGACCUUUACGACCGUAAAUCUUCUGCCCAUAAUUUCAUUUAUAAACCUUUAUAG